AUGACUAAGUUGCGAAAACAAGUAGAGCCCAUGUCAAAGGAAUGUGACAACAUCCAUGUUGCUGCCUUGGCCCUCUCUGUGGGCGUGAAUAUCGACGUCGAAAACUUUCAGCAAUCUGGUGACGGACUCAACUUCAUUCGCUUCCCUGCUAUCCAAGCCUCAGGCAGCUCCAGCGAACCUGGCUCGGACUCUCUUGCUGAUGCAGGUGGCAGUAGAACUAACAUAGUCAGUAAAGGGCAUCCAGGAGACAUAAAGAAGGCCGCAGUUGCUGAUGCAAUCAUUGCGACUAAUGAGAUUGACAAUAUUGGCGGCAUUUCACAGACCGCUCGACACAGCUCAAUUACCUUACUUUACCGGCCAGGCCAUUACGAUAUUUUAUAUGCAACUCCUACAUAG